AUGGAAGUCGAGGCUCGGUUGGGCUACUGGCUACUGGUCUUAGGCAAAGCCAUCAAUCUCCAAAAGUUUUCGCCGGACAGGCAUUUGCUGUCAUAUGCUCGAUACAAAUGUGCCCGGUGUCUAUCUGUCUGCCUAAUUUUGGAUUUCAUAACGACCAAUUUGCCGCCGCCGCCGCCCCUUUGGACAGCCAUCCUGCUCGCUUUGAUCUGCCUGGGGACACGCCCCCCGCCCAUCGAUGCGGUUCGGGGCGGUGCACCUGUCGUGGUCGCCGAUGACGAUGACGAAACCAGGGAGUACGCCCCGCAAUAUGAGCAUCCGGGCUAUGCCUUCAGCUAUGGGGUCAAGGAUCUGCACACUGGGGAUGUGAAGUCGCAGUGGGAGUCCCGCGACGAAGACGGAGUCAAGGGCCACUACAGCAUACUGGAGCCAGACGGCUCCAUACGAACGGUUCACUAUACGGCCGAUGCCAAGAAGGGAUUCAAUGCGAUUGUCAAGACAGUGGGCGCCAAUUCGCAUCCCAUCACAGAGACCCCGGAGGGCAGUAACCAUGUCAACGACGACACCUCGCAGUCGAAGAUCAACCAUUACAGCAAGGACCAGGAGCACAUUGUCCUUAGUUCCGACAUCAAGCCGCUAAAGAGGCCUAUUGAGGACUUGACCCACUCGCAUCCGAAGAUCCCCAGCCUGAUUGAGAUCAAGCCGCACGCCAGGAUCAAGCAGGUGCCCAUGGACAUGGAUCCGGGCAUCAGGGACCGAUUGCAGCAGGCCAGGGAUACGUAUUAUAAGCAAAUAGCCGCUGCCCAUAAAUUGGAUGACUAUUCGCAGAAGCUGCAGCCCACCUAUGCGGUGCAAGAGGGCGAUUGGAAGGCAGUGAUUGUGAACGAACCCAAGGAGUAUCGGCCUUAUUACACCACAGCAUCCCCGGCCCACUCCCACCACGGCUACUACGAGCACUAUAAGCCCAAGGAGCUGCCCCACAACUACAUCCACAAGCCCUCGACUGCGCAGCAAUCGCUUCACACCAGCUUCUCCCCCUCAAAGCCCAGAGUUAGUAUCCCCGAAGGCCUGUCCAAUCACAUUCACCAGAAGAAGGUGGUUCACACGACGCCCGGUCUGAAGCACUACAAGUACAAGGGGGUCUCCAAGUCCUAUUCCCGACCCGAUUACUCAAGCUACUUCCACCGUAAGCCCAAGAAGCUGCGUCCCCUGCACCCCAAGCAAAAGCCACGCGCCCAGAGACCCGAAAAGUCCGGUCCUGUUCUCUUUCCAAAGAUCCUAGAGGAGGAAUUCGAGGACUUCGAGGAGGAUGAACAGGGGGCGGCGUCGGCCACUCUGGUGCAGAAUAUGGUGCGCAAGGACAAGAAGCACAUGGUUCCCAUGUACGCGGGUGGGCACGGCUUCGAUUCGGGAAGUUACCGCACCUUGGAAGGUGCCUAG